CUUCCUCUUUCUUCCCUCCAAACAAUCACUGCUACUGCUAAUCCCUCACCAGAAUCGUCCAGAUUCUUGCCCCCCAUUUCCACUCGCAUGAAUCUAUCCAGAUUUAUGUGUUCACACCUACAUCCCCUACUGCAUAUUUUCCCAUGUAAAAGCCCCUAAACCAAAUCUCUAGUGUUCAUCACAAUGCCUUCUCUGUUAACCUCUCAAGCAGUUUUAUUAGCCACAGCCAUGGCGGUUUCCGCCGGCACAUUACUCCUCUUCGAACUAUUCCGUCAGAAAUAUCCUAAAAUUCCGCAGAAUUAUCCUCCGGAUAAGAAACAAGCACUCAGAUCCUGUUUAUCCUCAGUUCGGGGCCGUAAUUCAGGUAGCGAGAAGAAGAAUAAGAAGAAGAGAGUGCGAUUCGCGGAUGAUGCAAAGGAAUCGAAGGAGAAUGUCAUAAGAGAACACAGAAAUCGUACCGUAAUUCGGAAACGGAGCUUCUCCUGUGGCGAUGAAAUUCCAGGGCUCCCGAACAUGCCCCCAAAUCGUGCCGCGCUCUACGCCGGGAUUCUCAGGGAUCGCGUGCGGAGGAUUGAACGCUCUUACUGAUCGAUUGAUUGACUGGUUGCGUAUGUUCGUCGGAUUGUUGAUUCUGCUGCAGAUUUCUGGUUUUGAAUUGUGAAGAAGACGAAUUAUCGGAA